AUGGGAGGUGACAAACGAAAGAGAGGUCGCAAACCCAAAAACCCCGCCCCCGAAACCCUAGUCCCCUCCCCGUCACCCACCGCCUCCCCCUCCCCUGCCCCCGCCACCUCCACCGGCCCAGCUGCCGCCCCUAACUCCAACGCCACCCCCACCUCAAUGGAUGACCCCUUCUCCGUCAGCAGCGUCGACCUCAUCGACAAGACCGCCUCUACCCACGUCCGCCGCGGCCGUGGCCGCCCCAAGAAGAUCCCCACCCAGUCCGACAAGCCUCUCUCUCUAGCCACGGGGCGUCGCGCUACCCGUACCAUCGACAAUGGCGGCGGAGAGUUAUCGGUUCCUGUCGACGUCGGGGUGCCUACCUUGAUGGCGAUGGAGACGGACCGGGCAUGGGAGGCGCGGGUGCUCCCGGCGAUGGAUUCUGUGGUGAAGGUGUUCUGUGUCCAUACGGAACCGAAUUUCUCGCUGCCGUGGCAGCGGAAGAGACAGUACAGCUCGAGUAGUAGCGGGUUUGUGAUUAGCGGGAGAAGGGUUCUGACGAAUGCGCAUUCGGUGGAACACUAUACACAAGUCAAGCUCAAGAAACGUGGCUCUGAUACCAAGUACGUGGCCACUGUUCUUGCCAUCGGAACCGAAUGUGACAUUGCCAUGCUUACAGUGGAUGAUGAUGAGUUCUGGCAAGGUAUGUCACCUGUAGAGUUUGGGGAAUUGCCUGCACUUCAAGAUGCGGUUACUGUUGUAGGCUACCCAAUUGGUGGAGACACUAUCUCUGUGACCAGUGGUGUUGUAUCGCGCAUUGAGAUUCUAUCUUAUGUUCAUGGUUCUACAGAGCUUUUAGGUUUACAGAUAGAUGCUGCUAUAAAUUCUGGCAAUUCUGGUGGACCUGCAUUUAACGGUAAAGGAAACUGUGUGGGGGUUGCAUUUCAGUCCCUUAAGCAUGAAGAUGCGGAGAAUAUAGGUUAUGUCAUUCCAACACCAGUUAUCAUGCAUUUCAUCCAGGAUUAUGAGAAGAAUGGAGGAUAUACCGGGUUCCCUAUUCUUGGGGUUGAGUGGCAGAAAAUGGAAAAUCCUGAUCUGCGAAUGGCAACAGGCAUGAAACCUGACCAGAAAGGUGUGCGCAUUAGAAGAAUUGACCCUACUGCUUCAGAAUCUAAGUUUUUGAAGCCAUCAGAUGUGAUCCUUAGUUUUGAUGGGAUUGAUAUUGCCAAUGAUGGAACAGUUCCAUUUCGUCAUGGGGAGCGCAUUGGUUUCAGUUAUCUCAUCUCACAGAAAUACACUGGAGAUAAUGCAGCAAUCAAAGUGCUUCGAAACACAGACAUUUUCGAGUAUGACAUUAAACUCGAUAGUCAUAGAAGGCUUAUUCCAUCACACAGCAAGGGCAAGCCUCCGUCAUAUUAUAUAAUUGCUGGAUUUGUUUUCACAACUGUUUCAGUUCCAUAUCUUCGUUCUGAGUAUGGAAAGGAUUAUGAAUAUGAAGCUCCAGUCAAGCUUUUGGAUAAACUGCUGCAUUCAAUGCCACAAUCACCGGAUGAACAACUUGUCGUGGUCUCUCAGGUGCUUGUGGCUGAUAUCAACAUUGGAUAUGAAGAUAUUGUUAACAUUCAGGUCCUUGCUUUCAAUGGUAAACCAGUGAAAAACCUGAAGAGCUUGGCCACUAUGGUAGAGAGCUGCGAAGAUGAAUAUCUAAAAUUUGAUCUAGAUUAUGAUCAGAUAGUGGUGCUUCGCUCAAAGACUGCAAAAGCAGCUACUCUUGAUAUUCUUGCGACACACUGUAUUCCAUCAGCUACGUCUGAUGAUCUGAAGUCUUGA